CUUAUAACUCCUUUUUUCCAAUAGGAAAGUGUGUACGUAGAUUCGUUGUGGAAUUCAAAGACCACCAUUUUCCAUUUUCGUUUCUCUGAAUCACAUUUUCCAGUUUUGACACGUAUUUGAAAUUCACGCUGUGUGGAAUGUUUGUAAUCCCCGGAGCAUAUAUAUAAGAGCAACAUUAGCCACUGGGACACAUAAACAUUACCACUCUUUUAUUCAUUUUUUGUGUGCUCUAAUUUUUGUUCUUUGACUCAAGACUUCAAAAAUUCACAAGACUUUUCUUCAUUUUUGAUACGCAACAUACAAGAACGUUAAGGACACAGAAAAAAAGGGGACUAAUCUUGAAAGAAAUUGAAGAGAGAGUGUGUGAAUCUCUAUGGGAUUAUCACUUUCAUUGCUCUUAUCAGCUUGGGAAGAAAUUGUUAGGCAUUCACUGUUUAGUCUCUCAUUCAACGUCAAUUUUGGUUCCAAGGAAGGUGCGGUGAUCUUGAGAGCAGGGAGCUUCAAGAGAAGAGAACCAGAAUCAAGCACUGUGGUGGUUUCAAAUGGUUCUUCUUCUUCUUCCAAGUUGAAGGAGUUUAGGCCAGAACAUGUGACCCUUGAAAGGAACCUUUCAUGUGUUGAAGACAUGAAGAAGAAGAUGAAUUCAGGGUGUGGAAAAGAAAAAUUGAAGCAGCAUAAGCCUGUGCCUGUUCUAUCUCUCCCUGAGGCUGUGGUUUUCUCUUCUCCGAGGCCGGUUAGCGAACUCGAUGCAGCUGCCACUAAGCUGCAGAAGGUUUAUAAGAGUUAUCGUACCAGAAGAAACUUGGCAGAUUGUGCUGUGGUGGUGGAGGAACUAUGGUGGAAGGCAUUGGAUUUUGCUGCUCUUAAAAGGAGUUCAGUUUCAUUCUUUGAUGUGGAGAAACAAGAAUCUGCUGUGUCAAGGUGGGCAAGGGCAAGAACAAGAGCAGCUAAGGUUGGUAAAGGUUUGUCCAAGGAUGAUAAGGCACAAAAAUUGGCCCUUCAACAUUGGCUUGAAGCUAUUGACCCACGUCAUCGUUACGGACACAAUUUGCACUUGUAUUAUGAUAUUUGGUUUGAAAGCCAAAGCACUCAACCAUUCUUCUACUGGUUGGAUGUUGGAGAUGGUAAAGAAAUUAAUCUUGAGAAGUGUCCAAGGACCACUUUACAGCGCCAGUGCAUUAAAUAUCUUGGACCAAAAGAAAGGGAAGAAUAUGAAGUGAUUGUUGAGAAUGGGAAAUUGGUGUAUAGACAAGAUGGGAGGCCUGUGGAUACUGAUGGAAAGUGCAAAUGGAUAUUUGUUCUCAGCACCACAAGGUCCUUGUAUGUGGGACAAAAGCAGAAGGGUAUGUUUCAGCAUUCAAGUUUUCUUGCCGGUGCUGCAACAACAGCUGCAGGCAGAUUAGUUGUUCAUCAAGGUGUUCUUGAGGCAAUUUGGCCAUAUAGUGGUCACUACCACCCAACAGAAGAGAACUUCAAAGAAUUCAUAAGCUUCCUUAAAGAGCACAAUGUAGACCUCUCUAAUGUCAAGCAGAGAUAUGCUAUAGAUGAUGAUGAACCUUCAAUUAUUGGUACCAAUUCAUUUAUUGCCACUAAUGAAUCACAACCACCAAAAGGUCCCACUCAAAUUUCUCAACCAGGCACAGCAACUUCAAUCAAUGCCAACAAGAGAGAUGCAAAAGCUAAGAAAGAGGUUAAGGAUAAGAGUUUUGAGGCUCCAAUAUUUGACAUGUCUAAGAGGCUAUCUUGCAAGUGGUCCACUGGGAAUGGACCAAGAAUUGGGUGUGUCCGUGACUACCCAGAACACCUUCAAUCAAGGGCACUGGAGCACGUUAACUUGUCACCAAGACCCGCGUCUGCUCGCUAUGGCCCAAUUCCGUCACCUAGGCCCAGCCCAAAAGUUAGGAUAUCACCUAGGCUUGCAUACAUGGGCCUACCAAGCCCAAGAACCUCUAUUCCCGCUGCAAGUUGAGAGCCACUAUCCCUAAGUGGCAACUAAUGACACUCAAUUUUAUCUCUCCGUUUAGAUUUUUUGGGUUUCGUAAUUUGUUUAUUUCUUUAUUCUUUUAGGGAUUUUGUAUUUGUAAGGCGACUUUGACCUGAUUUGCCUUUCCCUUUGUAUAUUUUUAGAAAGGCGAUUUAGUUAAUUCUUUAACGUAAGUAGAGUACAAAAUUUGAUGUUCGGAAAAGCACAAUUAUUAGUAGUAUUCAAUAAACAUUACAACAAUUCUUGUCUUUGA